AUGAAAGACCUCCAAGAGGAAGGAUAUCGCCCCGCACCAACGGAAAGUUCGCCUUUGCUACAAAGUGGGGCAACUAGAAUGACCUUGACAGGCGCUAGAAAGAGCGACAAGACACUCGAUGCAGAUAAACUCGUCAGAACUAAGGAAACAACCAUGAAGUGUCUCCAUAAAUACCUGCCAAUAACUUCAUGGCUUCCGAAGUACUCGUGGGAAAGCCUUCUGAGGGACAUCAUUGCUGGGUUGACUGUUGGAUUGAUGGUGGUUCCGCAAGGAUUAGCGUAUGCUACUAUAGCUGGGCUUCCCAUACAAUACGGUCUUUACACUUCUUAUAUGGGGUGUUUUGUGUAUUGUGUGUUUGGUGGCAGUAAAGAUAUCACUCUUGGUCCCACAGCUAUCAUGUCCCUAAUGGUCGAUCGCUUUGCCAAAGAACAACCUCUCUAUGCUAUAGCUCUGACUCUUUAUUGCGGCAUUGUCCAGCUUUUGAUGGGUCUUCUGCGACUAGGUUUCUUGGUUCGUUUUAUCUCUCUGCCAGUUAUAAGUGGCUUUGUGUCUGCUGCAGCUAUCAUAAUUGGCUUUGGCCAGGUGAAAUCAUUGUUAGGGUUAAAGAAAAUACCAAGAGAGUUUGAUAAAAAUGUGUAUGAAACAUUUAAGAACAUUGGAAAAACAAAUCUGUGGGACUUUUUGCUAGGGUCAUGCUGUAUUGUGAUAUUAUUAAUUUUAAAGAAACUGGGUCGAGUCAAGUGGCAGGAAGAGGAGGAUAUGACCAGAUUACAGCGAGGGUGCAGGAACUUCUUGUGGCUGGUUUCCAUUGCAAGAAAUGCCCUUGUUGUAAUUAUGGCAGCACUUAUUGUGGCAGCAGUAGAUUCUUCUGGACACACAGUCCCAUUUUCCAUGACAGCUGAAGUUCCUUCAGGAAUUCCGGAUUUUAAGGUUAGUUUCUUAUGUUAUGCAAACCCUUGA